AUGGGGAAAAUAUUUCUGCACCACAUUGGUGGAACCCGUUUAUUUUCAUGUGCUACUUGUGAUAUUAAUCUCACAAACCGUGCAGAGCUAAUUAGUACAAGAUUUACUGGGGCGACAGGUCGUGCAUUUUUGUUCCACAAGGUAGUCAAUCUUGUAUACUCCGAAGUGCAAGACCGAGUGAUGCUGACUGGUCGUCACAUGGUCCGUGAUGUGUCCUGCAAAAACUGCUCUAAUAAGCUUGGUUGGGUUUAUGAGUUUGCCACUGAAGAGAAUCAAAGAUACAAAGAAGGAAGAGUGAUCCUGGAGAGGGCGCUGGUAACAGAAAGUGAUGGCAUAGAUGAAAUACAAGUGAACAAUGAUGAU